UCCCCUCAUCCUACCUAGGAACAGCUGAGAGGAGCAGAAGGGACCUUUACGGUACAAGGCUCAUAAUGGCUGAACAAAGAUCUCGGUCUUUGUCUACCUCAGGUGAAGCUUUAUAUGAGAUCCUUGGCUUGGAAAAGGGGGCCACACAUGAUGAGAUAAAGAAGUCCUACAGAAAAUUGGCUCUGAAACACCAUCCAGACAAAAACCCAGACAACCCUCAAGCAGCAGACACAUUCAAAGAAAUAAACAAUGCUCAUGCAAUACUGAGUGACGUAUCAAAGAGGAAUAUCUAUGACAAAUAUGGAUCACUGGGGCUCUAUGUUGCAGAACAGUUUGGAGAAGAAAAUGUCAAUGCAUACUUCAUGUUGUCAAGCUGGUGGGCAAAGGGUCUGUUUGCUCUCUGUGGGCUCUUGACUGGCUGUUAUUUUUGCUGCUGCCUUUGUUGCUGCUGUAAUUGCUGCUUUGGAAAGUGUAAACCCACUUCAGCUGCAGGGGAGGAUUACGAAUGCUAUGUUUCACCGGAGGACCUUGAGGAACAGAUAAAGACAGAUAUGGAAUCAGAUGGAUAUACACCAAUCGCAAUGCAGCCAAGAAAUGCUAAUGAAAAAACACAGCUGAUUGGAGACAGCCACCGUACUUACCAGACAGACUCAUAAACCACUGAAGAUUUCACAGGGACAAUCCAUUAUAAGAAUGUGGGGGGUUUACUUGCCUAGGCAGACAGCAACCAGUGUCCAUGUUGAUUGUACAUUUGAAUUUUAUGCAAUUAUUCUUUUCUUCAUAUUUAUAUAACAUUCUGUGUUACUUAAAAACAAAUAAAGAAAAACCUAUGAGCCUGACUGGGUCUUGCUAUCAAUAUCAAUGUCAAAGGUAAAUGAAUAUCACUGCUUGAGGUUGGUCAAUGAGUUUUACAGAACAAGGCUUUUUCCAAUGAUUUUCUCAGUUUGUUCCAUAUACUGUAUAUACUCUUUGUUGUAUAAAGCUGAAGAGGGAUAUUAUUUGUCUUUCAAAAUCAUUUUGUCCUUGCUGGCUCCCUAUAUAUUUUCAUGGAGAAACGCUUCAUGUGAUGCUUUUUAAUAAAUGUAUUUAGUCGUAUCAAA